AAGUGAAAAGUUCUGAUGCACUUGGAUGAUAGUCGAAAAGCUUUUCGGUGCGACAGCUGGCGCACUCUUCUGCCAUGUACGAAAAGCAGCAAUCUGAUUAGUGCUCCAUUUCUCCGCAAGUUCAUAGGUCAUCUUAUGCUUCGUCCAAACAGGUGUCAACUUUCUGCGUUUGCUUAUAUUUGAAGUUUUUACGAUACUGAAAUACGGCAUAUUUUUGCAUUCAAGGUUAUUUCAAAUGUAUGAAAAUUUUCAUGAUUCAGGCUGUAUAGUUUAUUUUGGAAUUGGUCUGGAUUUUGAGUUUUCAACAAUCAUUAUCUGAGGAGGAAUGCAUUUCAGUCUUCCAUUUAACAGUAGCUGUUUGCCAGCAAUUCAUGUAAUGGGUGUUGGUAACGUUGAAUUACCUGUAUCAUCAAAGAAUACUGAGAAGUUACUGGUUGUGGCAGAACCAACUUCUUUUGCCUCUAGUAAACAUGGAAAACAAAUGAAAAUCAGCAUAAAUUGUUCUUGGCAAAUUGAACGAGCUUGCAUAUCAUUCCCAGAGACCUCAAAAUGUCUUGUACAAAACAUUUCCAAAUGGAUCAAACUGGUUCUCAUAGAGCAUGGGAUUGAUGUGCAGUGGGUUGAGGCUGAUUGUUACCUCACUCGGUUAAUUAUUUACCAUUCAGGUGGUAAUUACAUCCGGCAUUGCUACACAAAGCAGGGAAUAGGUCAUUUUGGUACCAUCAUCUUGCAACUUCCAGUGAAAAAUGAGCAUCUAGGCGGUAAAAUGAAAAUAUCGCAAACGAGUGAAACCAAUUCUAAGAAAACUAUCACGCAGGAUCUUUCCUUAUGCAACGAUCCAUCUUUCUAUGUAAACUUUUUCAGCCUCGACUGCGAACGUGUGAUCGAGCCAAAAAGGAAAGGUUGGAACAUCGAGUUAGUUUACAACCUGGUGUGGAAGCCUGAAAAAGCCACGUUAGCCUUACCGAAUGUUCUUUCUUUUCUCGUCACACUGACUAAGAUGACAUUGGAGUUACGCGUUUGGCAAGAAAAUGUGUCUGAAAAUUGUCGCCCAAAGAUCAUGAUUAUUGGAUUGGAUAGGAAGUACAACCCUUCUCGUCAUUCAUUUUCUACGUUGAUGGGUAGUGAUCGUCAAGUGGCACUUCUUAUGUGCUCAGUUCCUUUUGUGGAUGUCUACUUGGCUCGACUAACAAGAAGAAUAACAAGGAUCGCUUUUCGCGGCCAUCAAAAUGCUAAAUCCGGUGUGGUCCAGCAAAGUUCGGCAACAGGAAAUAAUGGCAACUUCGUCGAAAUGAAAGAAAUACAAUACGUCACGCAUUCUGCUAGUCACUGGGUUGGCGUUGACGAUUGCGUCACCCAAUUUCACAACUUGGAUAUCGACGAAGAAGCGCAAAUGGUAAAACCUCUUUUUGAAAAAAGCACAACACCAGACAAAGUACAACGCCAAAAUACCAAAUCGCGAGAGCAUAUCCUGAUCCACGACUUCUAUCAGACUGUCCUCAUUUUAUGGCCAAGACAAGGAUCUCUUUAUAUGGACAUCCACCAUCGUCCCGACUACGUUCUGGAUCAGUUAGAGCGUGGAGCAAUACGCAACCCUUUAAGAACCGUACGCGCAAUGAUAACUCAUUCAGAAUUUAUGGAGACAAGGAUCUUAAGCCUUCUCAACCUGUGCUUAUCUCUGAAGGCAAAGAAGGAGGCUCUUCAACUGCUCCAGGUAAUGGCCAACAAAUCCAUCGGUGUGCUUUCCGAAUAUGCUGCUGUUUUGAUAAGCGAUGUCGCAUGCAAAUUAAUCGGAUGGACUGAUUGCGAAAACGUCGUCAAUAAGCUUUUGGCCAUCAAACCGUACGAGCACUUGAGCCAUUUCUUGACACUCGGCCGAGCCUUACUACGCCAUAAUUGCAUCAUUGGAUUCUCAAGCGUUUCGAAUCAGAUUUGGAAUUUCUUUAUGGAAUGUGUCCGUUCAAAUGGCAUUCCCAAUAGUGAAAAAGCCCUGAGUCUCUGUAUAGAAAUGGCCGUUUGUAUGGAACAAUCGUCUGCUUUGAUCCAGUCAAGAUCCGAACAAUUUCUCUCAUGCUUUAUGACACUUCCCCUUCUUCAGCAAUGUCACAUCAUCAUCGACCUCAAAGAAAUCUAUAAGAAGAAUUCUGCCGGCCAAAAAUUUUACCUAAGCCUUUGCAGGUAUGUGGCCGUUACCGUCACAUCGUGCAGCGUUUCGAUCAUCGACUGCGUAGUGGACGUUCUUGGCUGUUUCCUUUUACUUGAGCCUGAACCGGUCAAUAUCGCAGACAUCUUUCUUGAAAACAUAUGCCGAUCGCAAAGGGAUGCUUGUGAAAACAAUCAAUUGCUGGAGAAGCUCGUCGCCUCAUUACACACGUUGAACCUGACCACUCACACGGCGGUGCAGCUUUUAGAUUGCAGAAUUUCCCAACUGAGUUCGCUUCGUAAACCAAAAUUCAGUUGGAGCAUGAAAGAGGCCAAAUUUCCCGACGCUGUCAAAUAUCCAGCUAUCGCGGAAUUUUUACAAUCAUCAGGGAAGAGCGUGAUCUUGAAACUGGAUCAAAUCAGUAAAAUGCGCGAAGCAAAGGAUUUUAUCCGCGUUUCUUUUGAAGUCAUGGACGAUUGUGUCAGAAGAGGUUACAGUGCUGUGGCAGUGGCUACGAAGAGCGGCAGAAGUAUCUAUUGUGACAUUGUUAAAACCCGACAUUUGCACACGUUUUUGACUGAACAGUUUGAAGCCAAAAUGGAUGAGCUGAAAAGACUGAAACAACUACGUCCCAUCGUUGGCUGCUCGAAUCCUAACGCACAACAGCCUCCGGAUGCCAGUCGACAGAAGACGAAGGUAGUUGCCGCACCAAGUGUAAAAUCCAAGAAAGCCAAGAUGGAAAAAGGCAGAAAAUUAGCGUGAAAGACUUGCUCGUAAUUGAUCUUGAAAGUGUACAAGUUAAAUUUUUUAAAUCUGAACCAAGCACCAAAAUUCGGAAAUGUUUGUUGAUUUCGUAAAAUACACAUAACUUUAAACGAGAA